CUUGUUUUAUUGUUGCUGGCGAGUCGCUUGUAGCGUUGAUUUAGUAAAUCAUCAUUGGAGCGGAUUUUGUUUUGUUUGUGAUCAACAUCAUUUUUACGUGGACAAAGCCAUAUUCGUUGAAUCCUCAACUCUCAAACAAUUGAAAAUGUCUCAACUACAGUUGCUGCGUGAGUUUUUAAAUGAGCGUGUAAUGGCUGCUGCUGUCGACAUUUUUGGGGCAGUUGAGAAAACGGUAGCUGAGUACCAAGAGGAAAAUGAUCGUCUACGGAGACUGCUGCGGAUAGAUUCCUUGCAGCUCUCUCUAGCUGUCUCUGAAGAGGAGGUUCUCCCUGAGAAUCAGAAUUGUGAGCAGGAGUGGAGCUUCAGUCUGGGACAGGAGAACACUGAAGCCACACAGAUUAAAGAGGAAGAGGAGCAAAUCAGUCAGGAGGAAGAACGGCUUCAAGAGCUCUUUGAUACCAAAAAUGCCACUUUCACUCCUGCCUGUGUGACAAGUAAAUGUGAUCAGGUGGACCCCUUGACUCCUCAAAUCCAGACUUUGGAGAACCGAGAGUGUGACCCGAAACAAGUGAAUCUCACACCUUUUGGUACUGUGACUCAGCUAAAAGCUCUCAACAUUCCAUGUGACCCUCCAAAUAAUCAAAACAAUGCAUCCAGCCACAGCACAGCCGAAAGCAGUGACCCAAUAGGACUCGACAGCAGCCCAACAUUAGAUCCCAGCCCACCAUUGACUCACAACCCACCAUUUAAGAAACACAGAUCCAAACCCAGCAACACAGCUAUAAAAACUCUCCGCUGCUGUGACUGUGGUGAAACAUUUGCUCUAAAAGCUGACCUGCAGAUGCAUGUGACUCUCGCCAAGAAGCAACCCCGUGAAUGCCAAUUCUGCAAAAAUUUCUACAGAUCUACCUGUAAACUUUUGGCCCAUGUCAGACUGUGUCACGAUGGGAAAACCAGCACCUGCCCCUAUUUUGGAAAGACCUUCAAACUAGAAGGAGAUCUGUCCAAGCACAUGAUUCACACAGGAGAGAAACGAUUUAGCUGUGGUGACUGUGGGAAGAGCUUUAAUCGCAAGGGGAAUCUAACCCAACACAUACUGACUCACACAGGGGAGAAAUCAUUUAGUUGUGGUGACUGUGGGAAAAGCUUCAGUCUCAAGAGGAACCUAACCGAACAUGUUCGGACUCACACAGGAGAGAAACCAUUUAGCUGUAGUGACUGUGGGAAGAGCUUCAAACAGAAGGGACACCUAACCAUGCAUAAACUGACUCACACAGGAGAGAAACCAUUUAGCUGUGGUGACUGUGGGAAGAGUUUCAAUCGCAAGCAGCCCCUAAACAUGCAUAAACUGACUCACACAGGAGAGAAACCAUUUAGCUGUGAUGACUGUGGGAAAAGUUUUAAUUUGAAGGACUCCCUAAAGAAACACAAAUUUACUCACACAGGAGAGAAACCCUUUAGUUGUGGUGACUGUGGGAAAAGCUUCUAUCAGAAGGGGCACCUGAACGUGCACAAACGGACUCAUACUGAUUCACACGAGAGAAACCAUUUAGCUGUGGGAAAAGCUUUAGUGUCAAGGGGAACCUAACCAUGCACAAACUGACUGCUGCUCUGGCUAGGAUUCCGUCGUAAGUAGAGGUCAGCCGAUUAUGAUUUUUCAACGCCGAUACCGAUAAUUGGAGGACCAAAAAAAGCUGUUGCCGAUUAAAAAAUUAAAAAAUAGUUUAUUUUAUUUUUUUACAUUUAUUU